GUUAUUUGCGAUCAUCAUCGCUAACAUUGUGUGUGCCUUCGAUGCAUCAAUGUUAUUUAGCGGCAAGACUGAAACUAUAUUUGCUAAUCUAUCUACAGCGAUUAUAACAUAUGUAGAAUUAAAGGAUAUAUCAAGUCUAAAAGAUCCAUCGUAUAUAAAACAAUUGUUACACAGAGAAAACACAGUAUUUAGUCCUAUCAAUAUAAUUAUGAUAACAUCCUUACUUUUAAACGGCGCUAAAGAAGGAGCAACAAAGAAUGAAUUGAUGUCUCUUUUGAAAAUUACUGAUAAUAUACAUUUAGACGGAUUCCUAGCUAUGCUUACUAAUUUAAAUGAUAUCGAAAACAUCAAAUUGCAUCUAAAAACCGCA